UUGUUUUUUUUUUUUAAAAAACAAAUAACCUAAAGAAUUUAAAGAAGGUAAAAAUAUUAAAAAUAGAUUAGUACUCCAUUUCUUGGAAAACAGGGGAUAAAAAUAAAAAUAAAAAAGAUUAGCAUCCUUGGCAAAAGAGAAUCCUAAAGAAUACAGUACAAAAACAAAAAAGUGCACUCAAAUCACUUCCCUACCUAUUUAAGGCGCCAAGUUCUUAACUUUUUUUUCUAAGAGAAAGAGAAAGAAAUCUCCCAAAUAAUAAAUUCCCAUAAAAAUAUAAUAAAACCAAAACUCAUUAUAUUGUGAUGUACUCAUGUAGGAUUUUUCUGGGUUUGAGAGAAAAAAAGGAGAAGAAGAAAAUAACAGUAAUUAAAGUGUAAUUAUUAAUUAAGAAAAAAAAAAUGUUGAGUAAAUUGUUAUGGAAGAGAUUAAAUUGUGGUUCAGAAAAAGAAACAGAGCAAGAAGCUUCAAGUCAUACUGGUUAUGAUCUAACGGCUGAGGUUUUGCCAUCUCUUGGUGGUCGAAGCCAUUGUCGUGUUAAUCUCAGACGAUAUGUUAUUUCUCCCUUUGAUCGUCGUUACAGGAAAUGGGAUUAUUUUUUGGUAAUUUUGGUGCUCUACACAGCUUGGAUUUCUCCAUUCGAGUUUGGUUUUCUUGACAAGCCUACGACGCCAAUAUCAAUUGCUGAUAAUAUUGUCAAUGGGUUCUUUGGUCUAGACAUCAUCCUUACAUUCUUUGUUGCAUACCUUGAUAAAACAACAUACAUGUUUGUUGAUGAUCGAAAAUUAAUAGCCAGGAAGUAUGUUUUUAGCUUUAAGAUGCCUCUCGAUGUCAUCUCCAUUAUCCCCUCUGAACUUAUUCAGAAGAUUUUACCUCCUUCUACACGAACUUAUGGUGUGUUCAACAUGUUCCGUCUAUGGCGUUUAAGAAGAGUCAGUAGGCUCUUUUCCAGUCUGGAGAAAGAUAGGCAAUACAGCUACAUUGUGAUUCGAUGUCUUAAGCUUAUUCUUAUAACCCUUUUUGCAGUGCAUUGUGCUGGGUGUUUCUGUUAUCAUAUUGCUGCACAUCAUCGCGAUAAAAGGGCUACAUGGAUUGGAUCAACCUUGGAAGAUUUCCUUCAGUUCAGUUUGUGGACACGAUAUGUGAUGUCGGUUUACUGGGCUAUUACUACUAUGUCGACUGUUGGAUAUGGUGAUUUGCAUCCUGUCAACAGAGAUGAGAUGCUUUUCGAUGUUUUCUACAUGCUAUUCAACCUUGGACUCACUGCAUAUAUAAUAGGGAACAUGACCAACUUGGUUGUCCAUGGAAGUAGCCGAACUAGGAAAUAUAGGGAUACCAUUCAAGCAGCUUCGAGUUUUGCACAAAGGCACCAACUUCCUCAACAUUUGCAGGAACAGAUGCUUGCACAUAUCACAUUGAAACAUCGAACAGAUACCGAGGGACUGCAGCAACAACAGAUAAUCGAUUCCUUACCUAAAGCAAUCAGAUCAAAUAUUUCAGAACACCUUUUCUACUCUUUAGUAGAAAACGUGUAUUUGUUUCGUAAUGUGUCCAAAGACCUCCUCUUUCAGCUGGUGUCUGAGAUGAAAGCAGAAUACUUUGCUCCAAAGGAAGAUGUCAUCCUCCAAAAUGAAGCGCCGACUGACUUCUACAUCGUUGUAAAUGGCUCAUUGGAGCUUAUCCGGCCCAAUAAUGAUGGAGUAUAUCAGGUUAUUGGAGAGUUGAACAAGGGUGAUAUAUGUGGUGAAGUCGCUGUACUUUGCUAUAGGCCUCAACUGUAUACAGUGAGAACCAGGAGGCUCUGUCAGUUGUUACGGAUAAAUCGUACAAAUUUCUUGAACAUUGUGCAGUCCAAUGUAGGAGAUGGGAACAUAAUCAUGAAUAAUCUCUUACAGCAUCUGAAAGAGCAGGAGCACAAGAAUGACAACACCGCAAAGGAAAGUAUGGCGGAGAUAGAGAAGAUGAUGGGUCAUGGUAGGCUUGAUCUACCGAUAAGCCUAUGUUUUGCUGCUGCAAGAGGGGAUGGUCAUUUGAUGCAUAGGUUGCUGAAACAAGGACGCGAUCCCAAUGAAACAGACGAAUGUGGAAGGACAGCUCUUCACAUUGCAGCGUCGAAUGGAAGUGAAAAAUGUGUGUAUCUACUGCUAGACUAUGGUGCUGAUCCUGAUUGCAAAGAUCAAGAUGGAAACAUACCAUUAUGGAAUGCAAUGCAGGGUGGUCAUGAGGCAGUGGUGAAACUUCUAACAAGUCAUGAUGCUAACAUUUGUGCUGGCGACGUUGGUCAGUAUGCUUGUAUAGCUACCGAGCAAGACAACCUUGACCUCCUCAAAAAAAUAGUGGACUAUGGUGGUGAUGUAACAUUCCCAGCAGUCACUUCUACUGCCUUUCCUCAAGGUGAGAUCUCUGCUUCAAAGUUCACAGGAAAGACGGCCCUGCACGUGGCAGUUAGCGAAGAUAACAUCAAGAUCGUCGAGUAUCUGCUUGAUCAAGGGGCGCACAUUGAAUUGCCAGACAUCAGUGGGUGGACUCCAAGAGCCCUUGCUGAACAGCAGGGUCAUGAGCAAAUAUCAGCCCUAUUCCAAGCCAAGCUAGGAUCUAAGCCUCAAAUCGUGUUCCAAGUUCCUGAUGAGCAUAGAAACAAAGUGCGUUUCCUAGGGAGGUAUACUAAUGCACCAAAUUUAAUUCAAGAACACCAUCACUUCUCCGAAGAUGGAUCAGCAUCAGUAGGAUCAGGGAUGAGGCCAAGGAGGAAGGCUAAUAACUUUCGUAACUCAAUAUUUGGGGUCAUAUCAGCUGCUCAAAGCGGACAGAGUGAUCUGUUUCCUGGCAUAGGCCAUGAAUAUUUUAGUAGAAAGGUCGACGUUGAUCACCAGGAGAACCAUGUCGCUUCUAGAGUGACCAUAAGUUGUGAGCAAGAAGGAAAAGUCAGGAAGGUGCUUGUUUUAUUACCAAAUAGCUUUGAGGAGUUAUUGAAUGUGAUAGCUAAAAAGUUUGGUAUUUUGUUUUUGAGAGUUGAAACUGAUAAUGGUGCCGAAAUUGAUUGUAUUGAGGUAAUUAGAGAUGGAGAUCACCUUGUUGCCAUCAAAGAUGACACAAAUAUGUAAAAAUGUAGAGUUUCAGAAUAUGGGGGUUUGAUUCUAAACCUUCUCCCCUUAAUAUAUAUCACAAGUACUUACAGUUUUUUUUUUC